UACAUGAUGUAAGGCAAUCAGGCAAUUGUGGUUUUUUGCCCAGGAAAAAAAAAAAAAAAGAAAAAGCUUAUUUUGCAACGCUUUUGUGAACUUAUGAGGUGUUGAUAUGUUUUAAUGUUCUUUUUUUGUGCAUUAUUUGUUCUUUUCUGCUGUGAAGACAAAAAAAACUCUAAUUCUAUACGUUUACCUAAAUUUCCACUCCAUAUUUAAUCCUUUAGCUUUUCUAAACCACAGAUUUCCUAUUCUGUAAUUCUCUAGGUCAGUCCUGUUUUUUUCUUGUGUUUUGUGACCUAUUGGAUCAUUUUGUGUGUUUUGUUGGGAAAAUGUGGACUUUGCCUGGCCGCUUCCUCUCAGGGUGUUUGUGCUCAGUGACCUUUUAAUUCAACAGAGAACCCAGUUUUAAACAGCAGGUUAGUUUGAAAAAAAACAAGGUAAUUCAAAAUCAAUAUUCACAAAUUUAUUCCCCUUGCCCUUUAUAUAUAUGUGGAAUUGGGGGGUUGAAAAAAAAAGAAAUGAACAAAGCUCAAAACAUAACAUCACCGCCCAAAAUCAAGACAUGUGUGAAAAUCCUAAAUUGUGAUUUAUUAGUUCCUCAACUAAGAGUUUGGGUUUAAAUGUCAACUUUCCUCUGCAGUGUUCAACUCUUGAUGUCACACUUGUGAAAGCUGCUCAGAAAUCUUUUGCAAAAUUAACAUUUUCACUGCUGUUUAAGUCAGAAUAUGGAGAAAGGUCCCUCAACAAUAUGGAACAGUGGAGUUUUCCACUAAAAGAGGAAUAUAGAAAUAUUAGAACAUGAAGAAAAUAUUUCAUUAAUUAAAGUAGCAUAAUCCAAUUAUAAACAAAUGUGCAGCUUGGAGGGAAAAAUGUGGCUCAGUAGAUAGUCUCUUGUAAUCAGAAAGUUGUGGGUUUAAUUCCAGCUUCUCACUGCUGAAUUACACUGACCACAAUGACCACUUAAACCCAAGCACCCUCCUGAUCUCAUUGUUUCUAAAUGUGACAGGGUGGAUGUAGUGACAGUGGAAAGUGCUUUGGAUGGUUGGUAUAUAUAGAAAGGUGCUAUCUAAACUCAGUCCAUUAAAAAUAGCAUUCAAAUCUACAGUUUAAGGUAAUCUAUCCCAAAUACUAUCUGAAUGCACCCCUUAAUUUUCCCCAAAUUUUGUUAGAUUUUUUUUUUAGCAUAGCGUUAAGCAUAAUUUUCAGUUUAACAGUUUUUUUUUAAAUGGAGUAAAAAACUAGAAAAGGUAUACUAAGUUACCUAAAAAUGAUUUUAGGUGCAUUUUAUUUCCAUCUUUCCGAUGCGUCUGUCAUUUAGCUCGAGUCCUGGUGUGGUAAGGUCAUCUAAUUGAACAUGAUUUGGAAAUGAACACAUUUAUUUUUACAUGGUCUUACAGUUGAUGGCACAUAUCAGAUCAGAAACUAGGAAAUUAAAUCAAAGGAUGAAAUAAAAACAAUGAUCUCUACACCUUCUAGACCAGACCGUGUCUCAGCAAAAUACUUGGAAUAUACAGUAUACAAACACAUACGCUUGCCUGACCAAAUUUAACAGACAGGAAAGAAAGCUCAUGUUCAGAGGGACGUUUUAGCUUAAACUAUUCCUAAAUCCAAUUUAGCAUGCUAGAAAAAUAUAAAUUGCUGAUCUACUUAGAGAUAUGCCAGAUUGUAUCUGAUUUUAACAUGAGUUUAAGAAAAACCCAAAAUUAUGAAUGUUAAUCUUGUAAAGAUAGAUGAGGAAGACUUGAAGCUCUGAUCAAUGCCAAAGAUGCUUUAAUAUAUAAUAAACCAUUGGUUUAAACAUGUCAAGCACAUAAUAUAUAUCAGCUGAAAAGCUACUUUUACAUUUUCUUUUUGCAGUAUUAUAAGGACAUCUUUAAGAAUAAAAAAGACUUGGAAUUAUAUUUAAAAAUAGAGUAAAACAAAUAAGGAUCUUAAAAUUUUCUGGUGGUGCUGUAUAAGAUCUUCAAGACCUAAUAAUGCAUAUCAUAUUACAUUUUAAUAAUUAGCAUUUUUACAUCAGCUGGAACAAUUGUUAAAUAAAAAAAGUAAAAGGAGAAAUAGAAACCUCUUACAGGGUGAGAAAAAAGUAACCCAGAUUUCAUCCUUUCAUUAACAAAGUUUAAUAAAACCUAAUGCAUUGUUUUGCUGUUCGUGGAGUUAGGAAUCCUGCAGAAAAACCUAGAGAAAGAUACAAAAAUGUCCAACUUUAACUUCCAUGUAAAAGGACUCUUCUGGUCCACAUUUUUUCCAAUUUUAUCCGGGCUUUAAUUAGAACUUUUUACGUGUUUGACUACAGAGCUGAGAUGUGAGGAAUACAUGUCAGCUCAUACCCAGAAAGUACUGAACUUUAACACAAAGGUCUACUUUAAGCUUUUUCUGCUCUUGGGGCUCCUACUCACAGCUGUUUAGUUAGUACAUCAAAUACAUGUACAACCUUUUCCCACAGGAUGCGUUAGAAAGGCACCACACAUCUUUGAAGAAGCAAAGAGUUGCUGUAAAACACAGGCUGAAAGAACUGGCGGCCCGUCAGUCAGAAAUCACUAAAAAAUCUACAGCAAUAAAAGACAGUGUAUUGAGAAAAUAUCAGGAGAUCCAUGCCGUCCUGGAGGAGGACAUGCGGAUUACCUUGUCUCACCUGGAGAUGGAGGAGAGGGCUGCUGUCUCUGCUUUGGAUGCGUUCAUGGAGAGAAACUGCACUCAAAUACAGGAAAUAGAGCAAGAAUUGGCCAGAAUAUCUUUUGCUCUGGAGCAAAACAACACAGAACCUGAUUCAAUGUCAUUCUUUUCAUAUCCUGAGCUGGACAACACAGAGAUAGCAGAAAGAGUGUCGGAUGUUCUCAACCAAUCAGAUCCUAGCAGCGUGAGCCUCGAUGAAGCUAAAGCUAGCCAGAUCCUCACGCUCACCGACAACAUGCUGCUCCUUGUCUGCUCACAGACUCCUUUAAUGAAGAAACUCCUGAAAAGCUAUUCCAGUGAGGUGCACCUGGAUCCACAGACGGCCCACCCAAAGUUAAUUAUCUCCCCUAAAAGUGACAGCGUCUCCUACACAGACACAUGGCAGAAACUCCCUGAUCUACCAGGACGGUUCGACACCACCCUCAACGUCAUCAGUCUCCAGGGGUUCCGCUUUGGUCACCAUUACUGGGAGAUAGAUGUUACCGGAAAGACUUACUGGGAGCUUGGUGUUACCUACCCCUCCAUUCCCCGCAAAGGAACCUCUGAGGACUGCUGGCUGGGCCGAGGAGCAGAGUCCUGGUGUGUGGAGUUCUUUGAUGGGGAAUACACAGCCUGGCAUGGAGGGUUACCCCAUCAGCUGCCCUUCUCUAAACGUUUUUGUCAGAUUGGUGUUUUCUGCAGCUUUCCUGCAGGGCUGGUGACAUUUCUUGAGGCAGAAAAAAUGAUGCCCCUAUUUUCAUUCUGUGCUGGAACCUUUUUGGAUUGCCUCCACCUAGCCCUGUGUCCUGGUCAUGACCAUAAUGGCACUAAUUCAAGUCCUAUUGUAAUCUGUAAUGAAACAUCCCCUACUAGUGACCUGUAGCUGGAUAACAUUAGUAAUAAUGCUGAAAUAACA